AGACACACAACUUGAGAAAUUCAGAAUACUUUCAAUUGUUUUUGUUUCAUUAUUAUAAACUUUGGUAUAUAUAUUAAUCGAUUGGGCCACCAUGCAAGAGUCGGGUCAUGGCCAGGAGCACUUUCAGUUUAUCCAGCGAACGGAUCGCAAGAGUUUGCAUUGCCAAAUUGGGUUGUUGGUCAACAAGGCCAUGGAAGUCGCCGCGGAGGAGCUGAACGAGCGAAGUCUUCGCUUGAAGAACCUUCUCGAGGCGGAGGACAAGCUGUACGAGGAGGAGUUCUCCAAUACGGUGAAGAACCGCAUCGGUCACGACAUCAAGGAACGCAAGGAACAUCUGCAUGCCAUCAAGGAGGAUAACAUCAAAGAGCAAAACAAAUUCAUAGAGGACAAACGCGUCCAACAGGUGAUGCUCAACUGCUACGAGAUACGCGAGGCGCUGCGGCACCAGGAUCUGCUCGAAACGAAAAUCAUCCAACAGGAGCAGAUCCUCGAGAAUCAGCGCAGGAAGCGCAGAGAGUGCGAGCAGGAGAAGAUCUGGCUGGAGCUGAACCGCAGACGCUGGGAGGAGUACGAUUGCGCUCAGAAGAGCGAGAACGAGCGACGGGAGAAGAUGAAGGUGCAGGUGAAGCACGUGCUGGGCAUCCAAAUGCUCGACAACGCCGCGAAGCUAGCACGUGAGGAUGAAGAGAAGCGCGAAGAGGCACGCGCCCUCAACGAAAUACUCGAGCAAAUACGCCUGGAGCAAUUCGACAAGGAUCAUCAGCCUGCUCCACCCAAGAAUCUGGCAUACCGGGACGAGCUUCUGAAGGAGAUACAUCGGCGCAGGUGCGACAAGCUGGCCGUCUGGGAGUCCGACAAGGCCGAGCAUGCCGCCUUCUGUCGCGAAACGGAGCGCCUGGAGGCGGAGGCCAGGGCUAAGAUUGCCCAGUCCAAGCGGGACUUCAAUCGUGCCACCCUCGAGUAUCUGGCGUAUGUGCGGCGCAUGCAAGCCCUCGAGAUGGGCAUCGAGAAGAUGAUGGACGACCGCACCGCCGAUCUCUACAAGGUGGACAUCUGCACCAAGAGCAACAUUGCGGAGACGACGCGCCUCAAGCGGGAGGAGGCGGCACGCUGCCAUGAGAUCCUCAAGCUGCAGAUCUGCGAGGAGGCCGAGCGACGUCUGCGCCUGGAGGCCGAAGUGCGGGAGAACAAGAUGCCCGAGAACCGCUUUGUCCAUCCGGAGGUCACCCACGCCAUGAAAUUCUGCAAGCAGCUUCGCCAUCGCGCCGCUCUGGAUGCACAGGUCAUUGAAAUGAAACGCCUACAGGCGGAGGAGAACGCCUACUUCGAGAGUCAGCUACGGGAGGCUGUCGAUGAUCCCAUCGCAUGCAAGAAACUGGCCAAAGAGUACCUGGAGAAUGGCACCGACUACCUGCGCGCUCAUCCCAACUGGCGGGUUAUGGCCUGUGACCCCAACAAAUAUGUGCCCCGGGCCCCCAUCACUGAGCAGCAGUACAAGGCUCGGGUCGACAAUGCCAGCCUGGACAAGUGUCCCUGUCCGGAGGCGGCACGCAGACAUUGCAGCUUUAUGGCUCUCAAAGGUUGCGAUUUGCCCCCCGAAAUGCCCUGCCAGCAGACCGAAAAAGCAGCCCCCCAACCCCCAAAGAAGACACAGCGGCCGGGCUUCAGAAAUUGUCACUGCAAGUUCUAUUAAUUGCAUUCUUUCUUCUCUUUAAAUUGUGUUGAAAGUUAGUUGGAAAUUUGUAAUAUUUGAUGAUGUACACGAUAAACAUUUAUAAAUAAUUGUUUCUGCCUGUAAACCACACAGCAUGCAGGGCUACAGUUGGAAACAGUUUCCCAUAAAUGUAUAUCGUAUUGAUAUCUAUGCAAAUAAAUUCAGUUGAAACCUCA